CAGACGCAAAGAGUUGGGAGGAGAGCAAAAAAUACGGGAAGAGAUUUGAUAGACUACGGCGGCGGCGGCGGAAGUUAUGGCGAACCUAGAACCCGAAACAGUCGAUUUCGAGCCAGAGGAGGAUGACCUCAUGGACGAAGACGGUGCAGCAGCUGAUCUUUCCCCACGCGCUGCGAAUCCGCGGCUUAGGUCUACUAUCGCCGGAGCGAACGACGAUUCAGCUCAGAGGAAGACCAAAGGCCGUGGCUUUCGCGAGGAGAAAGAUUCCGAUCGCCAGCGCCGCCUUUCCUCCCGAGAUUUCGAUUCACUCGGUUCCGAUGGUGGUCCCGGCCCUCAGAGAUCCAUCGAGGGGUGGAUUAUUUUGGUGACUGGAGUUCAUGAGGAGGCACAGGAAGAUGAUAUAUCGAAUGCUUUUGGUGAUUUUGGGGAGAUUAAGAGUUUACAUCUCAAUCUCGAUCGCCGUACUGGUUUUGUCAAGGGUUAUGCUUUGAUAGAAUAUGAGAAGAGUGAAGAAGCACAGAAUGCUAUCAAAGCAAUGAAUGGUGCUGAGCUUCUUACACAGAACGUCAGCGUUGACUGGGCCUUCAGCAAUGGACCCAAUGCUGGAUCUUACAGGAGAAGGAACAUGAGGUCUGGGAGGUCACAACGUUCAAGAAGCCCGAGAAGACGUUUCUGAUUGUUUCAUUUGGUUCCAGAGUUGUCUCCACAUCUCUCUUUAUUUGUGAUUCUCUCUCUCUAUCUGUAAGUCGUGAGUGUUUGGGCUCUUUUUCUCGGUUGCGUAGGUUUGGAUAUGUAUUUGCGUUUUGAACACCAUGAGAGAUAUGUUUCAAUGCUUCUGGUUUGGGAGAAGAAAAAAAUAUUGGUUGAGGAUUAUGUUUUAGUUUUUA